AUGGAAUUACCAUCAACACCCCGGAUCGCCUAUCCUCUUAUUUAUUCAAUUUUGUUUUCAUCAUCCAUUAGUUUACACUUUCUUCUACUUCCAUGGGUGUCGUCAUCUUUAUUACGUCUUUGUAUUAUUGAUUUCUAUGCCACAUGUGUUCUGUUUCUUAUCGGAAAUUUUCUUUAUUCAUCAAAUAAUGUUUAUGAUAUUCAUUGGCCGUUGAUUCCACUGAUAUCUUCCGUUUAUUUUUAUUUUUACUCCAAUUCAAGUGAAUUACCAUGGAAAAAGUGUCUUCUAUUAACUCUCCUCAUACUUUUGUGGUCGAGUCAUUUAAUAUGGCAAACAGUAACAUCAUCAUCGGAUAUCAAACAUGAAGAUUGGCGCUAUCAUAUGAUGCGCGGACAAUUUGGAAACAAUUUCAUUCUCUUUGCCUUCUUUGUUCUGCAUAUAAUACCAAUGAUAGAAGUCCUGAUCGGCUCCUCGUCAAUCUAUUACAUCUUUAAUGAUACGAAUACUCAUGAACAGUUUACCAUAGGUAGCAGUCUUUCGUUAGGCGUUAUAGCGGUCGGCGUUCUACUGGAAAACAUUGCUGAUAGACAAUUAGCAAGAUUUCGAUCGGCUUAUGGAAGUCGAGCUUCUCACGCCCCAUGGUGGUGUGCAAUCGGACCAUUGCUGAUCACAUUAAUGAUGAUUUUUGGAUCAAUUCCAAUAAGUGAAGAACGAUUAUAUCGCAAGUAUCCGGAGUAUAAGUUCGUUCAACGACGGAUACCCAUACUGAUUCCAACAUUUGGCUUAUUUCGAUAA